UUCGAUUUUAAGAAUGGUUCUGACUGAAUUCCGAGGACCCAAUCGAGCACUCCCACUUCCGACCAAUCAACCAACCAAUGGCGGACGCCUCCAGACACAGUGUUGGCUUGUCUAGUAAACAAAAGGUUUCUCCUGCAAGGGAAACUAUGGACAUUCUGAUGGAGAUGUCUAAAUUGCUGAACACUGGCCUGGAUGGUGAGACUCUGAUGACCUGUGUGAGGCUGUGUGAAGGGGGAGUUAACCCUGAAGCACUUGCUCUUGUUAUCAAGGAGUUACGGAGAGAGUCUGCAGCAAUAAAGAGUUCAGAAUCAUCUGGUCAGUCCAUUUCGUGACACAGAGGACAGUCAAUAUGUUGCAUCAAUGUCAGUAAUGCAUGGACAUACAAGACUACUAGGAUUCCCAGCGGACUGAAAGUGGUACUGAAAGGUUUAACAGCAAAGUGGUUGCCACACCAGCAGUGACAGACAUUUCAUUAGUAGAGAUGUACCAGAUUCAAAGAUGAUGAUAAAGCCGGAACUGUGUAUGCAGUUUGUUUGAUGUGCCACGAUGUUAUUAAAAAAACUUUUGUGGAAUCUUAAGUUAAGAUUAUAAAUGUUCUACAAUUCCAGGGCCAAAUACAAUUGUAAAUUAAUGUUUGCCCAUUUGUUAAUUAACAGUAUGUUCUAAAUUAAGUAGAGCAUGUAGCUACAUGAACAUUGGCUGUACAUUGUGUAUAUAAAUUUUUUCUUAACAUUC